AUGCUGGCUGGGUGGGCUGUGCGCAUUGUCGAAUGUGGCCCUUAUAAGGCGGAGAUUGACCAACUUGAGCUUAAAGCUGUCGAGGAUGAUUUUGAUUGUGAAGUUGGCGGCUGCUUGCUACUGAGGGUCUAUGACCACGUCACGUCCCUUAGGAGCUGUGCGUUUUGGUGGGUCUCGAGGCAGCAGGCUUUGUGCGGCGGACUGCCUUCCUGUUUGGUUGGUCUCGCGUGUGUGGAAGAAUUUGGCCGUGUGAGGGCAGUGGAGAAACACCAGCAGCAGCCCGUGACGCGAAGGGGACACACGAGAUGCGCUAGAUGCAGGAGGACUUCGACGUUCUUCUGUAGCUUUAGAGCAAGCGCGGAGAACUAG